UACCUGACCGCUGGGCUAAGAACGAGCGCGGCGGAGCCAUUGGUCUCGGGCCAGAUGGUCGCCCUGGCAACGGGGCCCACCCCCGCUUGGCCCGCCUGCCGAUGACAUCACCCGGCCGGGAGCGUUGAGCAGCUGCAGUGAGAGGCAGGCGGCCUCGGCUUCUGGGCGCCUGCGCAUAGACGCACGCACGCACACACACACACACACACACACACUGUGGAAGCCUGGUAAACAUGGCCGCUUCACUCCCCGCUGGCGUCACACACCAACGAGUCGGGACAGGCGCACCGUGAGCUGUCCUGACAGCCUCAACCAGCACACCCAUGGACAUGUCGGCCGACCCCUACUUGCCCUACGAUGGUGGAGGGGAGGCCAUUCCGCUGGAGGAGUUGUCCACGCGAGGGGGUAACUACAGCAUGUCGAAUGGGGGAAACGCAGCCAGCAGCUCCACCCACCUUCUGGACCUGCUUGAUGAACCCAUCCCAGGAGUGGGCACCUACGAUGACUUCCACACCAUCGACUGGGUGCGCGAGAAGUGCAAGGACCGCGAGCGUCACCGCAAGAUCAACAGUAAGAAGAAGGAGUCUGCGUGGGAGUUCACCAAGAGUCUAUACGACGCCUGGUCCGGUUGGCUCGUCGUCACACUCACAGGACUGGCCUCAGGCGCGCUGGCAGGCGUGAUCGACAUCGCCGCGGACUGGAUGAACGACCUGAAGGAGGGCGUCUGCCUCAGCGCUUUGUGGUUCAACCACGAGCAGUGCUGCUGGGGCUCCAACGAGACCACCUUCGCCGAGCGGGACAAGUGCCCGCAGUGGAAGACCUGGGCAGAGCUGAUCCUGGGUCAGGCUGAGGGCCCCGGCUCCUACAUCAUGAACUACUUCAUGUACACAUACUGGGCCCUGGCCUUCGCCUUCCUGGCCGUAUCUCUCGUCAAAGUGUUUGCGCCGUACGCCUGCGGCUCGGGGAUUCCAGAGAUCAAGACCAUCCUGAGCGGCUUCAUCAUUCGCGGGUACCUGGGCAAGUGGACGCUCAUGAUCAAGACCAUCACACUGGUGCUGGCCGUGGCUUCGGGCCUCAGCCUGGGCAAGGAGGGUCCUCUGGUGCACGUGGCCUGCUGCUGCGGCAACAUCUUCUCCUACCUCUUCCCCAAGUACAGCAAGAACGAGGCCAAGAAGAGGGAGGUGCUGUCCGCGGCGUCGGCAGCCGGAGUGUCCGUGGCUUUUGGAGCUCCUAUCGGAGGGGUGCUUUUCAGUUUGGAAGAGGUGAGCUACUACUUCCCCCUGAAGACGCUGUGGCGCUCCUUUUUUGCCGCCCUAGUGGCCGCCUUCGUGCUGCGCUCCAUCAACCCCUUCGGCAACAGCCGCCUGGUCCUCUUCUACGUGGAGUACCACACGCCCUGGUACCUCUUUGAGCUCUUCCCCUUCAUCCUGCUGGGCGUCUUUGGCGGCCUCUGGGGCGCCUUCUUCAUCCGCGCCAACAUAGCUUGGUGCCGGCGGCGCAAGUCGACGCGUUUCGGCAAGUAUCCCGUGCUGGAGGUGAUCGCCGUGGCGGCCAUCACGGCCAUCGUGGCCUUCCCCAACCCGUACACGCGCCAGAACACAAGCGAGCUCAUCAAGGAGCUCUUCACCGACUGCGGGCCCCUCGAGUCCUCGCAGCUGUGCCAGUACCGCAGCCAGAUGAACGGCAGCCGGGCCUUCUCGGACGCCACCGAGGCCACGGCAACGCCCGGCGUCUAUUCGGCCAUGUGGCAGCUCUGCCUGGCACUCAUCUUCAAGAUCAUCAUGACCAUCUUCACCUUCGGCCUCAAGGUUCCCUCGGGCCUCUUCAUCCCCAGCAUGGCCAUCGGGGCCAUCGCCGGGCGCAUCGUGGGCAUCGCCGUCGAGCAGCUCGCCUACUACCACCACGACUGGUUCCUCUUCAAGGAGUGGUGUGAGGUGGGGGCCGACUGCAUCACGCCAGGGCUCUACGCCAUGGUGGGGGCCGCAGCCUGUCUGGGAGGUGUGACUCGAAUGACCGUCUCCCUGGUGGUCAUCGUGUUCGAGUUGACCGGAGGCCUGGAGUACAUCGUCCCCCUCAUGGCGGCGGUGAUGACCAGCAAGUGGGUGGGCGACGCCUUUGGCCGCGAGGGCAUCUACGAGGCGCACAUCCGUCUCAACGGCUACCCCUUCUUGGACGCCAAGGAGGAGUUCACGCACACGACGUUGGCCUCGGAGGUGAUGCGGCCUCGUCCCGGUGACCCGCCCCUGGCCGUGCUCACGCAGGACGACCUGACCGUGGAAGACCUGCAGACGGUCAUCAACGAGACCAGUUACAACGGCUUUCCCGUCAUCGUCUCCAAGGAGUCGCAGCGUCUGGUGGGCUUUGCCCUGCGGAGGGACAUCACUAUCGCCAUUGAGAACGCGCGGCGCAAGCAGGAGGGCAUCGUGCGCAACUCGCGGGUCUACUUCACGCAACACGCGCCCACGCUGCCCGCCGACAGCCCGCGGCCCCUCAAGCUGCGCAGCAUCCUUGACAUGAGCCCCUUCACUGUCACGGACCACACGCCCAUGGAGAUCGUGGUGGACAUCUUCCGCAAGCUGGGCCUCAGGCAGUGCCUCGUCACGCACAACGGGAUUGUGUUGGGAAUCAUCACCAAGAAGAACAUAUUAGAGCACCUGGAGGAAUUAAAGCUGCGCACGGAGCCCCUGGCGCCUCCUUGGCAUUAUCACAAAAAAAGACAUCCUGCGUCACAUGGCCCAGAUGGCAAACCUCGACCCCGAGUCCAUCAUGUUCAACUAGUGGGCGCCUUGCAGGAGCGAGACCCCGACACCGAGGACGAGGAGAUGUGCCUGCUGCACGGCUCCGACCUCUGACCCCAGGGAGCCCCUCCCCAACACUACGCCCACCGCGCUCGUGACGAUGACGAAGACUCCCUUUGCUGAGGGGGGCGCGGUGUCCCCUGCUGGCCCCGCCCACUGAGUGGGGGCCCCUAGAGGGGCAAGCGGUCGCACCUGAAGGACCCACAUCUGUCGCUGCUACAGACGGCGCUACGGGACGGCCCUCCCCGACCUUCACGCAACUGUUUACCUGUGACGUGUGUGUGUGUGCCAGACCACAUCAACAUUCCAGCCAGGUUGUCACAGCGAUCCUCAGACGCAUGCCCCCCCACCCCCCAUGUCCGCCAGCCCUUACGUCAACAUAUUUCUGUUAAAAUGAAUGGCAGAGACGAGAAUUUUUUUGAAGAAGGUGUUUAUAUGUUCCUUAGAGAGAGAGUGUGUGUGUGUGUGUGUGUGUGUGUGUGUGUGUGUGUGUGUGUGUGUGUGUGUGUGUGUGUGUGAGAGAGAGCAAGAGAAAGAACCAGUGAUUUUCAGUGCUGGACAACUGGACUCUGUUCUCACAGCAAUGUGCAAAAGGGAUGUGGCUCAUUAGCAUACUGUACACUUAUUUCUUUGUCUGUCCCCUGAGUGGCCAAAGGUGGACAGUAGUUAUCCUGCGCAAAUGGACAGCAACGGAACUGAAAGCAGAGCGCGCGCGCGCACACACACACACACACACACACAGGGCACUGCACUGCCCCACACUUUCUUGGGGACGCUUCCACUCUUUUGUCCCCACACACACACACACCUGUGCAGGCCAUAGGAGUCCUGCAAUGUUUGGUUUCCAUGGCAAUGUGCUCAGAACUUUACCCGCUAAGAAGAGCUCGAGUCUUCGCCGGGGCUCGGCGUUUCCCCCGUUCUUUGCGUCCCAGUGACUAUCGCUGUCGGUUCCUGACGAAAGAGUCGUCUUCGUUCACCUGCCUGUGGUGUUUUGCCGCCUAACACUCUACUCAGUACUGAUCUCGGUGUUUCUCCUUUUUUAUUUAUUAGCUUUAGAGCUGUACUUGAUGAAGAAUUUUACGUAUGAUUACAUUGAUGGUUUGAUUGUACAUUUAAAACAAAUGUAAAAAUUAAAAUUUGUUUUAAACUCA